CUGUCCCCCGGCAGCUGCAGCUCCGGGUGCCGUCCCCACCCACGACAUUCCCACCACAUCUGCUCCCGUCGCUCCGGCGGCUCUGCCGGGCUCAGAGGAGGCGGGAGGGGUGGCAGGAGGGUUCCCCCCUCCCCCAGGGUCUUUGUCACCUCCCCGUGUCCCCCCCCAGCCUGCAACGUCACCAUCCACAACCGCUGCAAGGACACGCUGCCCAACUGCACCAAGGUGAAGCAGAAGGGGGUGACAGGGGGUCCUGUCCCCGACCCCCCCGCUGUGUCCCCCCCAGAUGCCAUCCGGGAACGCCCCAAUUCCGCCAUCUACCCCUCGGAGAGUUUCCGGCAGACGCUGCUGGGCCCCCGCCGGGGCCGCCCCUCCCUGUCCCUCUCCAAGAGCGUCUCCACCACCAACAUCUCGGGGACGUUCAACGAUGAGUCCCCCCUGGGCAUCCGGCGCAUCCUGUCCCAGUCCACGGAUUCCCUCAACAUGCGCAACCGGACGCUCUCCGUGGAGUCGCUGAUCGACGAAGGCCCUGACGUGAUCCUGAACCAGCUGCUGAGCGACCUGGAGGCCGACGGGCGGGAGUUCGAGGCGGAUUCCUGGAGCCUGGCCGUGGACAACACCUUCCUGCAGCAGCUCCGCAUGGAUGUCAUGAAGAGGCAGGACGUCAUCUACGAGCUGAUGCAGACGGAGCUGCACCACGUGCGGACGCUGAAGAUCAUGGGCGGGCUGUUCCGCAGGGCGAUGCUGGAGGAGCUGCAGCUCGACCCGGGCACCGUCCAGCGCAUCUUCCCCUCUCUGACCCCUCCCCAUCCCGGAAUUCCCAGCUGUCCCAGCCGCCAGGAUUUCCCCCUGAUCGAGACGGAGGCCGAGGCGUCCCUGCGGAAGCUGAAAGAGCGCCGGGAGCAGCUGGACCGUCAGACGGCGGCGCUGCAGGAGGAGAAGGUCGGGAUCUUCGCGGACAUGCUGGCCCUGGGGAGCGGCUGUGCCGACCCCCCCUCGGCCCCCCGAGUGACCCCAUUCCCGGGGGACCCCGCCCGGGGACCCCGCGGGGACGCCCUGCUGCAGGAUGCCAUCCGGGAAGUGGAGAGCCUGAAGGAGAUUUUCAUGGGAUGUGCCCGGGAUCGGGAUCGGGAUCCGAACCAGAACAACCCGCCCGAGGCCGAGAGCUGCCCCAGCCCCAGUGCCAGCAACGGUGACUCCGGCAGCUUCAACGGCUCCCUGGAAUUCCGGGCGGAUCCGGACGCUGGGCAGAGGGACGGGAACGGGAACCAGGUCCCGCCGAGGGGACCCCAGGAGGAGAUCAAUCAGCACUUGGUGAACCUGUACCGGCUCCUGCUGCGGCUCCAGGUGGUGCAGAGCCAGCAGGACCUGCAGCUGGAGCUGCAGCUCUCGGAGCGGCCGGAGCGGCCGGAGCCGCGGCCCCGCCGGGGGUCCCAGCCGGCCGUGCCCGUCAGCGCCGCGCCCGAGGGGGGCACGGGGGGGGCCGAGCUGGCGCUGCUGCAGCGGCAGCACGGGCUGGUGCAGGAGGAGCUGGGCCGGUGCCGGGCGCUGUGCCAGGAGCGGGCGCAGGAGGCGGCGGCGCUGGAGGGGCGGCUGCGGGACAGCGAGCGGGAGCGCGCGCGGCUCGAGCGGGAGCUGCAGGAGGCGCGGGGGGCGCCGGGGGGGCCCCGGGCACGCAGGGCGGCCGAGCCCCGGCGCAGGAGCCUCCCCGCUGGUGAUGCCCUGUAUCUCAGCUUCACCCCCCCACAGCCCCCCGUCACCGUCUCCUUCCACCCCCCCCCCUUCCCCGGCCCCCGGGACGAGCUGGAAUUCCGGGGGGGUGAUCCCGACCGGCUGCGGGAGGGCGAGGACACCCUGGACACGCUCCUGGAGGACGAGGGGGGCCUGGGGACCCGCCACUCCCCCCCUGCCAGCCCCCGAGAUUUCCUGAGGAUGCAGGAUAUUCCCGAGGAGGUGGAGAACAGCCAGGAGCUGAAGGAGGGCGAUGGGGACAGUUAGGGACCCCCACAGCCCCCCCAGCACCUCGUGACCUUCCUCUCCCCCCAGGACAC